UUAAAUUCAGGAUUGGCGGCUUGGCGCCGAUUGGCAAGUUGCGUGCAAGUUAAGACGAAUAAAAGUUUCAUAGUUCAUAGCAGCGAACUCCGUUCAGCAGUACAGUAGUAUUGACUGGUAUUAACUCUAAUGUUUUUAUUUUAUUAAAUGGUGUUUGAAAAGUUGAGUGCAAUUUGUUAAAGUUAACCUUAAUUAAAAAAAAGUAUUAAGAAAUAUAAUGGAUAAUUUUUCAAGUAAGGAUUCGUACAGCGUGGAUAUUGCAAGAAAACCAUGGUACAAAUAUAUAACGGUGGAGCCUUUGAUGUUCUUCUACAUGCUUGCUUUCAUGAUAACUAAUGUAAUAGAACAAACUUUCUAUGUGUUCAAAGCUUGUACAGUGAACCAUGGGUACAGUGAGGAGAUAUGUUACAAUAUAAGUGAUUAUAAAGAUAUCAAAACUGAAGUUCAGGUGACAGUAUCAACAUUUCACCAAUGGAAUGGCAUCGCAAGUCAUAUAGUGCCUCUCUUGUUGGCGUUCUUCAUUGGUUCCUACAGCGAUAAACGAGGCCGCAAGUCGAUUCUCCUUGCCGGAUUAUUGGGCAAACUUUUUUUCUCUAUGAUGAUUACUCUGAAUACAAUUAAAGCAUGGCCAGUGGAAUAUAUAAUUUUUACGGCUGCGUUUCCAAGUGCCUUGACAGGAGCGGAUUUGUCGAUAUUUGCUGGGAGUUUUGCCUACAUAUCUGAUGUAUCUUCAUUGAAGAAUAGAACGUUAAGAGUUGGUAUCUUAGAUAUUGUUUAUCUAAGUACAAUGCCAGUUGGAGUAGCUUUAGGUAAUUUUUUAUACACAAAAGUGGUGAACAAAUCUUUUACAGCGAUGUUCUUAAUUAACACUUGCCUUAUGGUAAUCGCGACUAUUUAUUGCAUGUUUGCAUUAAAAUGGCAAACACGUAUAGAACAAAAAUCCCUUAGAGAAGCCAAUGUGAAAAAUCCAAUCACCGACUUCUUUGAUUGGAACAAUAUAACUCAGACUAUUGUCACUUUAACAAAGAAGAGAUCAUAUAACAGAAGAAUGAUACUCUGGUUCCUACUAAUUUCUAUGGCUUUUUACACAUUUCAAAGAGAUGAAAGGCCAGUAAUGUAUCUUUACGUGACAAAUGUAUUCGGUUGGAAUGAAGUUGAUUUCAGUAAAUUUCGUACAUUCCUUAGUUCAGCGUAUGUCGCAGUUAUGCUUAUUGGUAUACCAGUGUUCACUAAAAUGUGGAAUUGGAAGGAUACAGCGAUAAUAAUGUUGGGCGCGGCGGCUCAUAUUUGUGGACACACGAUAUAUGCACACGCUACAGUUGGCAAAAGUCUAUAUAUUGGUGCGACUAUAGCGGCAUUUGGUCCUUGUGUUGCACCAUUGAUUAGAGCUAUGACGUCAAAAGUUCUACCGCCUGCGGAAAGAGGUGUGGCGUUUGCAUUUCUUUCUGUUAUGGAAAAUGCAGUUGCAAUGUUCGCUUCAAUCAUUUACUCGCAAUUAUAUAAGGCGACAUUAAAAACUGAUUACAUAAACUCUAUAUUCUAUCUUACCAUAGCUACACAAGCAGCAGUAUUUAUAUUAGCAAGUGCAACAGAAAUAGUUUUGCAUGGAAGACGUAUAGAAACUCUUAUUGAACAAGACGAAGCACAGAUUCCUACCACAUCAGCUGUGAAUAACGACCAAGAAGUAUAUUAAAAUAAAUUAAUAAAGAAAUAAGGGCCUGUCCCACCAAAUUGUAAAUUGUCUAAACAAACGUGUAAAAUAUAUCUUGGAAAUAUCGGAUGGUUCCCUUAUAACAAUGACGUCAGCUUUAAGCUAUCUGAUGCUCUAUCAGCCAGUAGUGGGACAGGUCCUAAAUGAAAUUACUUAUAAGGCUGUGUCCAAUAUUAAGAUAUGAAAUUAUUAAUACUGUAUGUUUUUAUGUAAGAUUCCUAUUUAAAUAUACAAUGAAAUACAUACGUAUAUGUUGAAAACAUAUACUUUAGGACCAAGUAUCCAAUGCUAAGGAAAAAAAAUAAGAUUUUUUAUUAUUGGUUUUGUUUUAGUAUGAUCAUAUUCCAGAGGUAAGUAUUAGGGUAAUUUUUAAUAUUUAAGA